AAGUACGCGAGCGAGCGUCCCAGGAGGGUCCUAGCUGUGGUAAAUGGAGACCUGGUGUGUUGUAGGUAAUUGGAGACCAAUGACAACCAUCUUGCACAUCCAAGAUACCACAAGUUAGUGUUUUAAAUGUUCUAACUGGCUGUCGACCACACGUCUUCCACCUCCCUCCAAAUUGCCUAGUGACUCCGCUUCCAUACCCAGCCCCCUUUGUGGAGUGGGUUCUUGCCCCAGGCAGCAUAGUCAACAAAACUUCCAGAAGCUGGAGCUAGAAAGUUCCCGCUCAGGACCCAGAUGAGCCUGGAGACAGAUAAUUUGAGGUGUUGAAAUUGGGGCAGAUGGGGAUCUCAGAUCAGGCUAUGCUGUGAGGAAAGAUAGUGGAUCAUUCUUGGAUGAUUUGUGCUUCCUGGAAGAAAAACAAUUUGCCUCAGAGAAAUACGGUCCAAUAUAGGGAGCUAGAAAUCUGUUACACUACUGUCUUGCACAUUGAAGCAUCACAAGGAAGGAUUUCAACUUCUAUCGGUUGUGAACCAAAUCCAUUCACCUGACUCCAAACAGGCCUGCAGAUUGUGCAUCACCAGCAGCUUAGAGGAAGGAGGAAGAAGUGCCUGGUUUGGGUAUUAUUAUUUUUGGGAUAUCCUCAUGAGAGAUUGAAAUUUGUGAACAUCAUUAGAGCUGAUGCAGAUAAGACAAACAUAGAGCAUCCCAGUUGCCGGCAGAGUUCUAAGGACCAAAGAAAAUGACCAAGGCUCAGGAAUCACUGACAUUUAAUGAUGUGGCUGUUAAGUUCACCUGGGAGGAAUGGCAGCUCCUGACCUCUGCUCAGAAGACUCUAUAUCAGGAUGUGAUGUUGGAGAACUAUCGCAACCUGGUGUCCAUUGAGAUCCUGAAAGUUGAUGAUCAUUUGCUCGAUCAGUCACAACAUGAAAGGAGUGUGGAGAGAACUGAACAAUUCUAUAAAUUUAAUACAUUGGAAAAUAUUCUUCAUCAUAAAAACAAUUUUCCUCUAAUGGAAAAUUAUGAGCUAUUUGGCACACAUGAAAAAAUGGUAAAACCAGAUUUAAUCCUUCCAGUAUUAAAUCAAAAGAGUAGUAACAAAAUAAAGAAGUCAAUUGUGCAAAGUGAAGAUGAGAAUACUUUUUUCAUUGUUGAAGAAGACCAAUUUUGUACUGAUAUAAAAUUCUCUGCGUGUGAAAAAUUCAGUAGCAUGAAGUCACAGUGCAUUCAGCAUGAGGAAUCUGACAAAUUUGAAAUACCAGGCAUAGGUGAUAAAUGUGGGAAAACCUUCAUCAAGCAAUCUUUUUUCUGUGAGGAUCAGAUCAUUCAGGUACUAGAUAAGACCUAUGAAUGCAGUCAGUGUGGGCAAGAAUUCGACAAAGUAUUCGAACUCACUGCACAUUAUCGAACAGUUCAUAUAGGACAAAAACCAUAUAAAUGCUUGGAAUGUGGCAAAGCUUAUCACAGUAAAUCAUAUCUCCAGGAGCAUCAGAAAACUCAUGUGGCAGAGACCCCCUGUGUGUGCAGUGAAUGUGGGAAAUGUUUCCCCAGCUACAGUGAUCUCACUGCUCAUCAGCAAACUCAUACUGGAGAGAAAUCUCAUGUACGUGGUGAGUGUGGUAAAGUUUUCAGCCGGAAGCAAUGCCUUACAGCACAUCAGACAUUUCACACAGGAAAGAAACCCCACAUAUGUGGUGAAUGUGGAAAAGCCUUUAGCUGGAAGAAUGUUCUCACUGUUCAUCAGCGAACUCAUACUGGAGAGAAACCUCAUGUAUGUGGUGAAUGUGGAAAAGCCUUUAUCAAGAAGCAUGCUCUCACUGUUCACCAGCGAACUCAUACUGGAGAAAAACCUUAUGUAUGUGUUGAGUGUGGUAAAGCUUUCAGCCGGAAGCGAUGCCUCAUAGCACAUCAGACAUUUCACACAGGAAACAAACCCUAUGUAUGUGGUGAAUGUGGAAAAGCCUUUAUCAGGAAGACUGUUCUCACUGAUCAUCAGCGAACUCAUUCUGGGGAGAAGCCCCAUGUAUGUGGUGAAUGUGGAAAAGCCUUUAUCAGGAAGCAUGCUCUCACUGUUCAUCAGCGAACUCAUACUGGAGAGAAACCUCAUAUAUGUGGUGAAUGUGGAAAAGCCUUUACCUGGAAGGCUGCUCUCACUGUUCAUUUGCGAACUCAUACUGGAGAGAAGCCCCAUGUGUGUUUUGAAUGUGGAAAAGCUUUUAUCACGAAGAAUGAACUCACUGCUCAUCAGCGAAUUCAUACUGGGGAGAAACCUUAUGUAUGCGGUGAGUGUGGUAAAGCUUUCAGCUGGAAGCGGUCCCUUACAGCACAUCAGACAUUUCACACAGGAAUGAAACCCCAUGUAUGUGGUGAAUGUGGAAAAGCCUUUAUCACAAAGAAUGGACUCACUGUUCAUCAGCGAACUCAUACUGGGGAGAAACCCCAUGUAUGUGGUGAAUGUGGAAAAACCUUUAUCAGGAAGAAUACUCUUACUGCUCAUCAGCGCAUUCAUACUGGGGAUAAACCCCAUGUAUGUGGUGAAUGUGGAAAAGCCUUUACCUGGAAGCAUGCUCUUACUGUUCAUCAGCGAACUCAUAUUGAGAUUGGCCGAGUCCGCGCAUCUUUCUGUGGGCGCGCUCUGGCCACAGACUGGGUUUCUGCUGCCGGCUCAGCGCCGCCGCCGCCUCCGGACCGGGUCCAGACGGAGCAGAAGCACCUGAGAAAGAACCUGUUCUCACCCCGGCCCGGAGCCGCCCCUCCAGCCCCUCCCUCCAGGGGCGGAGCUCCCUCGUUAUCUCCAGGCCCCGCCCCCUCACAGAUCCUGCCCCCAGACGUGGUGACGCAAUUUCCUGUGGACGCCGCUUCCUCCAACUGA